UGCUUGACUUCCCCUUCCCUUCCCUAACCUUUGCACGCACCAAAAUGGCUUCUUGAUCUUGUCAUCUACUUUAUCCCUAUCAAUCUAACCAGAAGCUAAAGAAGCAACCAUUAGAGACCAAAUAAUCACAGCUCUUUCAGUUAAUCAACCAUGGCUACUGUGAACAACAGCUGGUUGGGUUUCUCCCUCUCGCCGCAGGAGCUGCCGCCCUCCCAGACGGAUUCCAACCUCGUCUCCGCCGUCGCCACCGGCGAAGUCUGCUUCAACAUCCCCCAAGAUUGGAGCAUGAGAGGAUCGGAGCUUCCGGCGCUCGUCGCCGAGCCGAAGCUGGAGGACUUCCUCGGCGGCAUCUCCUUCUCGGAGCAGCAUCGCAAGGCCAGCUGCAACAUGAUCCCCAGCAGUAGCAGCACUUGCUACGCGAGCUCAGGCGUUAGUACCGGCUACCAGCUGUACCACCAUCCCAGCUCCGAGCUCCAGUUUGCUGACUCCGUCAUGGUGGCCUCCACGGCCGGCCUCCACGACGGCGGUGGCAUGCUUAGCUCGGCCGCCACAAAUGGUAGCGCUGGCGCCGCCAGUGGCAAUGGCGGUAGCAUCGGGUUGUCCAUGAUCAAGAACUGGCUGCGGAGCCAGCCAGCCCCGCCGCAGCCAAGUGUGGAGGUCGCCGGGGGCGUGCAGGCGUCACAGGGGCUCUCUCUGUCCAUGAACAUGGCGGAGACGCAGGGAGCCGGCAUGCCACUUCUCGCCGCAGAGCGAGGCCGGGCGCCGGAGAGCGUUUCCACGUCGGCGCAGGGAGGGACCAUGGCCGCUCGGAAGGAUGAUAGUGGUGGCAGCGGUGGUGCCGGCGCCUUGGUAGCGGUGAGUACGGGCACGGGUGGCAGCGGCACGUCGGCGGAGGCGUCGGCGAGGAAGACGGUGGACACGUUCGGGCAGCGCACGUCGAUUUACCCCGGCGUGACCAGGCAUAGAUGGACAGGGAGGUAUGAGGCUCAUCUGUGGGACAACAGCUGCAGAAGGGAAGGCCAAACUCGCAAGGGUCGUCAAGUCUAUCUUGGUGGCUAUGACAAAGAGGAUAAAGCUGCUAGAGCGUAUGAUUUGGCUGCUCUGAAGUACUGGGGUCCGACGACGACGACAAAUUUUCCAGUAAGUAACUACGAAAAGGAGCUGGAGGAGAUGAAGCACAUGACAAGGCAGGAGUUUAUAGCGUCUCUGAGAAGGAAGAGCAGUGGUUUCUCCAGAGGCGCAUCCAUUUACAGAGGAGUAACUAGGCAUCACCAACAUGGGAGAUGGCAAGCAAGAAUCGGAAGAGUUGCAGGGAACAAGGAUCUCUACUUGGGCACCUUCAGCACGCAGGAGGAGGCGGCGGAGGCCUACGACAUCGCCGCGAUCAAGUUCCGCGGCCUCAACGCCGUCACCAACUUCGACAUGAGCCGCUACGACGUCAAGAGCAUCCUCGACAGCAGCGCGCUCCCCAUCGGCAGCGCCGCCAAGCGCCUCAAGGAGGCCGAGGCUGCGUCCAUGCAGCACGUCGCCGGCGUGGUGAGCUACGACGUCGGACGCAUCGCCUCGCAGCUCGGCGACGGCGCCCUGCAGGCGUACGGCGCGCACUACCAGGCCACCGCGGCCGCCGCAUGGCCGACCAUCGCGUUCCAGUCGGCGCACGCGGGCGCCGGCCUGUACCACCCGUACGCGCAGACGCUGCGCGGGUGGUGCAAGCAGGAGCAGGACCACACGGUGAUCGCAGCCGCGCACAGCCUACAGGAACUCCACCACUUGAACCUGGGCGCGGGCGCGGGCGCGCACGACUUUUUCUCGCCAGGGCAGGCGGCGAUGCACGGCCUCGGCAGCAUCGACAACUCAUCGCUCGAGCACAGCACCGGCUCCAACUCCAUCUUCUACAACGGGGUAGGAGACAGCAACGGCGCCGCUGGCGGCGGCUACAUGAUGCCGAUGAGUGCUGCGGCGGCUACCACUACCACGGCGAUGGUCAGCCAUGAACAAGUGCUUGCGCGGGCACAGGGGGAUCAUGACGAGGCGAAGCAGGUGCAGAUGGGGUACGAGAACUACCUGGUCAAUGCGGAGGCUUACGGUGGUGGGAGGAUGUCUUCCUGGACGCCGGCCUCGGAGUCAUCAGUGGCAGCCGCGGCGAGCAGCAACGACAUGGCCGGCGUUGGCCAUGGCGCACAGCUCUUCAGUGUCUGGAAUGACACUUAA